AUGAAAACGCCAAAAGAAAACCCUUUUGAAGGCUUGGCACCACCUUCCACCACUGCACAAUCAAUCAUGUUGCCCAAAAAGUACGAUGUAUUCAUAUGUCAUCAUGGAGGGGACGUGAAGCAAAAGCUGGCCAUUCCUCUCCACGCAAUCCUUCACUGUGUGGGCUUGAAUGUGUUUUUAGAUUCUCAGGAGUUACAAGUGGGCGAUAGAUUUCCCUGUGCAAUACGAGAAGCCAUUGGGAGUGCCCGAAUUUAUGUGAUAAUCUUCUCCAAAAACUUCGCAAAAUCUGCAUGGUGCCUGGCUGAGCUGUGUUACAUAAUGAAAUUGGUGGGGAGCAAUGUAGAUUCUUACAUUAUUCCUGUUAAUUAUGAUGUUCAACCUUGGGACGUUAGAUGCCCUGAUAAGGGAGAAUAUACAGAGGCAUUCAGUGAGUUUGAAGGAAAGGAAAAGCACUUGCAAAUGCUUCCUCCAAGGAAGUCUGCCCUGCACCAGGCCUCCUUCCAUUAUGGACUGCAAUUUCGUGGGUAG